CAUCGAUUCGCAACACCAUUGCGCUGCGAUGAUUAAUCUUGCAGACAGCACGUGGGCGGUAGGAGAGCGAGAAAAAGCCCUCCUGCUGUCCCAGAGAUGUCUGGACCUGCGCGAGAAGGCCCUGUCGCCGCAAGAUCCAAGGCUAUUUCGAACACGCCGGAAGGUUGCCGGAUUCCUCUGUGGGUUGUAUCACAGAAGGCGAGCUCUUGAUCUACGGGAACUAACCUUCCGCGACACCAAGCUGAAGGACUGCCCAACAGAUGCCGAGCUGCUUGAUUUUCUAGCAACCAAAACAGCUCUAGCAGACAGUUACCAGUGGGAUGGGCGUUAUCUCCAGACGCUGCAAUUACGAAGAGGUCAAUUUGGGCUUUACCUACACAACCAGGAAAAAGUUCAUCUCUUUCCUUAUUUAUCAACGAUUGGAAAGCUCGCAAGCCUUUUCAGAAAGACCGGCCAGUUUUUCAAGGCCCGCAGAAUGAGAUUGACAGCUGCGAAACUUGCUGAACUUCUUUGCGGUGUUCGUGAUCCCGUAACAUUCAUGACGAUCAACAAGUUACUCACUUGUGAGAAUGCCAUGCACCACAUCACGUCGGAAGAACUCAUAGAGAAGCGAGAAAAGCUUCUUUCCGAUCAGACAGAUCUCUUGCGCCCGAGAACACCACCGGCACGCCCUCCGACGGAAAUACAUCCUAGUAUUUUCAAGACCAUGUCAUUCUUAGCUGUCGAUCUCGAAAAGGCCAAAUAUGAGGCUAAAGCUAUAGAGCUAAGAAGGGAGCUAUUGACGGCUCAAAAGGUUGCCCUCGGCCCUGAAAAUCAGGAGACAUUGAGGAACAUGAAAACAUUGGCCUUGAUGUUGACGGAUAAACAUACAAGUAAUAUCGCCCAAGCCCAAGAAGGAAUCAAACUCUUGGAAGAAAUAGAGGCUGUUCAACAGAGAUUGUUAGGCUCAGACAGCUUCCAAGCUCGAGAUACGCGCAUGGAAAUAUCUCGUAUACAAUCUACAUCACAUUUCGGAGAAUCAGCUCGAAUUCAGAUGACAGACAUACCGGAGAGUGGUUCCGACACGGAUAAAAAUCCUAAAAUCACAAGCUCCUCUGAUCGCGAAAUUCAGGAUGGAAGGAAGGACGAAGAAGGCGACACAGAGGAAUCUGACAGCAGCCUCGACAGGCUUUCUGCUUGUAACAGAACUCCUAUUUAUCUCUUGAGCCUUCUCCCUGGAAUUGCAAAACGUAAAGGCAACUCAAUUCGUUACAGCGACUCCUCAGAUGCGUACUUCACUAGGGAAUCUGGAUCUGAGGCAUCAGAAGGGUGAGAGUCUCACCAAGAAGAUCCGAAUUUAGUGGGUAUUGGCUCAGUAUUCGUAGCGG